AUGCUGUCAUCAUGGCAUCAUUCGGUAUCGGCUCUUCCGCUUCCGCCGCCGGUACCAGCUCAGGCGGUGCGGGCGCGGCCGCUGCCUCAGCCUGCCGCCAGCGCUGCCGGUGGCGGCUUUGGCGGUGGAGGCGCGGCCGCUGCAUCCGCCGCCGCCAGCGCUGCCGGUGGCGGCUUUGGCGGUGCGGGCUCGGCCGCUGCAUCUGCCUCCGCCGCUGCCGCCUUCGGUGGGCGCGGAGGAUUCAGAGGACGUGGUGGGUUCAGAGGAGGACGUAGAGGUGGAGGCGGACGUGGCGGGCGCCGAGGAGGCGGUGGAUUUUUCUUUUCGAGAUUUACUCGUGACGUGGGCGAAGACGAGGACGAGGACACCCACGGCCGGCUGAUGGAGAUCAUCUCCGAUCAGGACGAGAGCGGCUGCGGCAAGCGGCUGGUGUGCGAGCUGGCCGCCGCCGAAGCCGAGGACGAGCGGCAGCUGCUGAUGGAGGAACUCGCCAUCUUGGAGUUCGUCGGCGACAUUGUUCCCGGCGAAGACCUGAGGGCUCAAGGGGCGGCCCUGGACUACAAGCUCGCUAAGGAGCGAGGUAUGGAAGGGCGCGACUGCGGUCUCCUGUACCCGUCAUGCAUCUACAACGGCACCGAGAUCAUGACGUCAGUGCUGGCUUACCUGUCAUAGAGAGUCCAAUCAGCUGAGGAAAAAGAUACUGCACCUCUGUACACGCAGCUGUCUGGCUUUGUGUCAUCUUGUCAGGCCGUGGAGAGAGAGAAGGAGAGAGAGAGAGAGAGAGAGAGAGAGAGAGAGAGAGAGAGAGAGAUAGAUAGAGAGAGAGAGAGAGAGAG